AUGGCUGAGCUAGGAAUACAGCAGGCUCGUCGUCUGUCGGCGGAUAAUCAGACGGUUUCAAAAGCUGAUAUUCCCAUGAACGAACGCUUCUUCCGUUACUUCCAGCAGGAGAUCACCGCUCUGCAACAGCAUAUGGAUCACCUUGCCGAUACAUCUCUCGUGGGUGGAGAACGCGUAGAUGCAACAGACCACUGCCUUGCCGGUAUCGUGCGACUGUCAAAUGAAGUCAAGGAUGCAGCAAGCUACAUCCCCACGUAUGAUCAGAGGGUAUACGCAGAGGCAAUCAAAGCUCUACAGGAUCGAUUGAACGAGACACGUGCAGCAUUCGCACCCCGAUCGAAGUUCAGCUUCAAGAACAAGAAGAAUGCCUCCGCCGUUUCUCUGUCUGACGCAGCCGCCAUGGCAGCCGAGGGACGUCUUAGCCUCCCAGGAUACCAUUCCCCGGGAGCAUCGUCGAUGGACUCUUCUGCAAACCAUACGCCCAACUUGCCGUCUACUCCAUUGAACGAGCCGGAUAAGCAACAUGAUGUCCCACCUACCUCCUUCCCUGGUGUCGCCACUGGGGAAAUUGGCACACAACCCCCCUCGGGUAUGGCCAGCUCGACAUUCGCAGCUACGGAUAUAUCCUCUGUGUCGGUCGACGAUCAUUACGGACUGCACAUUAUGCUCCCGGCCUCUGGGUCGACAUCCACCGUCCCCGCGUCGAUCACCUCGCUACAUCACUGCAUUGUCGACAUGUCAAUUCCGACUGCCAAUGGAAAGCCAUAUGCCAGCUUGACUAUCAAGGAUAUCAAAGAAAGCUUGCUGAUCUGUGGCCAAGUCAAUGGCCCUGCACAUGUCACCGGUGUUGAGCGCAGUGUCAUGGUGGUCUCAUGCCGACAGUUCCGCAUGCAUAACUGCAGCAACGUCGAUGUCUAUCUGAGCUGCUCCAGCAACCCCAUUAUUGAGGAUUGUUCCAACAUCAGAUUUGGUCGAAUUCCAAAGGCUUAUGCAUUGGACCAUGACUGUCCUGACCAUGAAGACCGUUGGAGCCAGGUCGAAGAUUUCAAAUGGAUCAAGCCGGAGCCGAGUCCAAACUGGAGUCUGCUUGGCCCCAACGAGGCUGUUCCCGAGGAGGUGUGGGCAGAGAUUGUUCCUGGCGGGCCGGGAUGGUCUCUCGAGGACAUUUUACAUGCCAUUCAAGUAGUCAAAGACUAG